CCAUUUACGCUGGAGCACCGGUGUGCCACUCAUAAGACGCGGGAAGCUUCGAGUGAACGAGAAACUAAAUUUCUGCGAUGACAGACAUCCUAACGUUGGUGUUCAGGACCUUCUCGUCACAGACAAGUCAGAAGCAGGACCCGAGUGUUGGUCCUUCGCCACCAUCUCUCCGCUGCACCACCCUGGUGGUGGGAGAGCACCGCCUCAGCCGCUCCGUGCUGCUGCUGGCGGCCGUCACCGCCGCCUCGGAGCUCGGCAUCAGAGUGUCGUUCUUCGCCCAAACCCGGAUUCAGAGCCUCCCGGUGUGUCUGCAGAGAUGCAGUGCGACACUGAAUCCAGAGGGACUGAAGAAAAUCGCAUUUUCCUAUCCCCGGACCCUGGAGGAGCUGCUCCAACAGGUUGCCAGCCUUCACGAAUCCCCUUCACCUCCCUCACUCAUCAUCGUUGACGGACUGGAUGGCUUCCUGCGGGACCCUGUUGCCGGCAGCCAUGCUGGGUUUCACUCAGGAGAGGAGUCCUGCGCUGCUCAUCUGUCUGCGCUGCUUUGCGACACUGCUGCUUUUCUCACAGAAGUCCUCGAACAGAGGGGGUCCAGCUCAGCCCCCUGCCGCAUCAUUGCCUCUUUCCUCUUGAAUGUAGACAGUGAAAGUAGGGAUUCCUCAGCGACAGAUCCAAUUCUGGUUGUUCUUGACCGUUACUUCCAAGCUCGCUGCACUCUGGAUCAGGACAGAAGCUAUGAAGCUGCAGCAGCUGCAGCUCAGGAGGUGUGGCACAUAUACCUUUCUGGAACAAAAAGCCCAGAGGACUGUGAGGAUGGGCCAGCUUUAGCGCAAGAGUGGAAACUCUUCACUUUUCCUGAUGGUUUAAUGGAGUUUAAGUUAGUUUGAAAGGCUUUGUUGCCCAAUGUUACAUUUUAAAACCCUUUCAUUCUUGUUUAAAAUCACCACAGCAGGCCGAGAUGAAAACCAUUUCUGAACAACAUACUGUAAAGAUACGUUAAUCGCAUUUCUAUAAUAUUGAGCUGAUGUGUUUCUGUACAAUGUAAUUUAUUACCUCAAGACCUUUUGAGAUUUGUAAUACAUCCUCAGCAAUGGAAAGAUAAAGUUUCAAAAAUAAAGCAGUAUUUAUAACAGCUUAUUUUUUAAAGAUGCACUGACCAGGCUUUUACCAGCUGAUACUGACCCCUGGUUUUCUAAUAGCAUUUUUUCUGCUUCUAAAGACUACAUCACAUAAAAGAGAAAAUAAAUGUGCACCAGAAUCAUUGAUAGAGGUUGUAGUUUGGAAUCCAACAGAAAAUGAUGGACUAUCAUUCAAAUGUAUGGACUGACACGUAUGUUUCUAACGUCUAUCUAGUUGUCAUUUAACUCAGAAAAGUGCAUGAAGGUACAUGCUGCUGGUUUAUGUGUUUAUAGACAAACCCUUUGUUGGAGGUUUUAGUUUGGAUGAGUUUGAUGAACAAGGAAAAACAAACGUUUUUUCAGUGUAUGACUUGUCGAUCAAGGGAAAUUUGGCUGAUUCUGAUCUCAGGCUGAGGCCGUCUACAUGUAAAAAGUAAGGGCGCACCUGAUCGAUUGUCCUUAAUUUUGGGUGAUCAGCCAAUACUUACAUGUGAAACCGAUCUUAUCUACUUGUCUAACCUGUUUUGCACGUUUUGUUUUUAAAAUGUGAAAAAUGAAAGACUAAAGGAACUGCAAUACUC